AGAGCAGGCCGUCGCCUCAGGAGCUGCAGGAGCUGGAGCUGCUGAACAAGGCCUUGGAGAGGGCGUUGAAAGUCAGGAGAAGCGUCCAGAAAACUCCUCUGGAAGCCCAGGGAGAUAGAGGAGGGAAAGCUGCAACCUUCAGUCCUGCAGAGAUAGAGGAGGAGAUAAAGGUCCUGCAGGAUGUCCCCUUCCUUCUGAGCCAGUUUGUGGAAGCUGAGCAUGCAGAGCAUGCCACUCUGCAGCAAGAGUAUGAGAGCCUCCUAACUCUGGAGGGUUUGCAAACCAUAACAUCUCAGUGCCUACAUAAGCUGCAGCGUCUGCGAGAAGCUGCGGAGUCCCACACGAGGCUGUGUCCGGACUGCACCGGGGACGCAGGAGGCUGCUCCCCCGCCUACAUCCCUCCCAGGGACGCGGCGUGUGGCCGGGCUGGGCUGCUGGCUGCUCCUCUCCUCUGCUACUCCAGUUUCCAGGAGCUGAGGGACCUGUUUGCCUUGAAGUUGCAAGUGGCGAUGCUGAAUCAGGAGAUUGCCAUGCAAAAGGUCAUGAUGGCCGAGCUGCUGCCCGCUCUGGAAUCCAGACUCCCUGGCCCCGCGCUGGUGAGAGACGAGCUGGCAGAGUGA